AUGUCUGAGAUCCUCGAUAAGGCACUGAAGCAUCUGUCGAUUGAGGAGGAGGAUGAACCGUUUGUGCUUCCUGACAGGCCAGAAUUCUACGCUACAGAGAGAAACUCUAUGAGCCUUAUCGGUCGUCUUCUAAACCCUCAUUGUCAAAAGAUGGGGGACCUUAUUCUUGAUAUGCCAAGGAAAUGGCAGCUCUACAAUAGAGUGAGAGGAGUGGCUCUGUCAAAAGAGAGAUUUCAGUUUAUCUUUAAGCAUGAGCAUGACUUAAUUGAUAUUCUGAACAGAGGAGUCCACACGUUCGAAAACUGGUCGAUUGUGUUAGAUCGAUGGAUGGAGAAACCACCUGAAGACUAUCUCAAGUUUAUUAUGGUGUGGGUCCAAAUGAGAAACAUUCCGGUGAACCAUUAUACCCCUGAAACCAUUGAGGCGUUGGGGGAGUUUGCUGGCCAUGUGGUUGAGGUUCCUUUCGACCCGGAGAAGGCACAGGUCAAACAUUAUGUAAGAGUACAGAGAUGUUACACUUGUCAAAGAUUAACGCAUGAGCAAUCAAUGUGCCCUUGGCGUAAAGUUGAUAAGGAGGCUACGGUGGGAGUUUCCUGCUCUUCGGGGGAAAGCAAGAAUACUGAAGUGCUGAACUUGCUUGAGGAAUCUGACCCGCUCUUUGGAGUCCUCUCUAGCAAACACCUCGGUCUUGAACCUGUUUCAGGUCGGCCCAAGAUUGCAAAGGAGGUUAUGGAUGGUAUGAGACAGUACCUGCAGGUUGAUGAGGGGCCAGAAAAGAUGGCGAGAGUAGAAAGAGUCAAGAAAUCCCUUGAGGAUUUGGAGAAUGAUCCUUUAGGGCAGAAAGUCUUUCUUCGGUUGGAAUCAGCUCCGAUCCUGUCCUCAUCUCUUGAUAAAGGAAAAGGUGCAGUUUUUGACUUCAGCUCUCAAGCGGAGCCUCAACCAAGACAAGAAAAGCUUAUGGCUAGCGCUAUUGCGGCGGGCUCCAAGAUCCUUCAGUCUGGAAAGGUGGUUUCUCCUGAUCCGGCUGCUAAGGAGUAUGAGGUCUAUGCUCAGUCCGGUUUUCUUGUGCAGGGUUCAACGGGUUAUAGUGUAGGUAUCUCUGAUACUAGCAUUUCCGGGACUCUUCUAAAGAAACCUAAACAACGUAAAAGACCUGGAACCUAUUCGAGGAAAGCAACAGGGAAAAGGGUAGUGAAAGCUGAGGCUGGAGGUAUCGUACGGGUGGGAGAAGGAGUGAUCUCAGACGGCAAGAGAAAAGCACAUGAUGAUGUCGAGCCAUCUAAAAGCUCUGCAAGGUUUAAGAAACCAUUGGUGGUCCCGAGUGAGGGACCGUCCAAUAUUUAA